CAUUGUGAUCUGGGAGACCAGGCUUAGUAGCUGCUGCUCCCCCAAUGGGGGUUCUGUGCUGGGAUAUGACCUUAAUUAAAGCUUUUUUUCUGUCCGGCCCAGGGGAUGACUUUCUCCAGCUUUUACUAGCCCCCUGGGGCAGCCCUGGGCCCUGUUAAUACAAAUUCUGAGCUACGAACUCCAGGUUAUUGAAAGACCUCAGGAAACGUGCUGGGAACUGGCAAGAAAGUGACUCUGCACAAACAGCCCCUUGUCAUUUCUCCUCCCAUUAGCAAUUGCCAGGAGAAAAUCCAGCCAUGGGAAAGCAAAGCCCCCAGGAAUGGGACUUUCCCAGCCAGAGGAGCAGGGAGAGAGGACAGGGGAAGGAGAGACUGAAAGGGGCAGUGGGAAAAUGAGUGUGGGGGAGAGAUUUCCAGCUCUCUAGUCCACCUAGACACACGUAUUGCAGCAUCGCUGGGGAGAAUCACUUUCCAAUGAACAAGAAGAGGCUCAGACAGAGGAAAAGCCAGUUCCUGACUCCAUAUUCCCCCUGCUGGGGUGUGACUGCCCUGGGGUCAGUGUCCAAGGGAAUCCCCCACAGUGACUCCUUUGGUUCUGCUCUUUUCUAGCCUUGUGUUCAGAGACUUUGUUACGGGGUGAGGGGAGGGAGAAGGGAGGUUAAAAAUGUCUUGGCUUAGCCUGGCAGGAGGGGUCCAGGUCUACACUGUAAUAAAGAGAUCAAGCAUGUUCCUAGCACGGCAGAGUCUAGGAUGUCUGUCUGGAGGGAAGGAGCCUGAGGGAAUCGUGAUGUGAAAUUACCUAACGCCUGUUCUGAAAUCUCCACAACUGCCCUUCUCGCCCCACCAGGGCUGCAGAAUGACGUUCAUGUUUUUCUCCAGCUCAUGCCAUCCUCCCAUGAUACAGGGAAGAGAAAUGGCUGCAGUGGAGCCAACUCAGGGUUUCCAGUUUCCAAAACCUCUUAUAAUCUCCCAGCUGGAACAAGGGGAAGAGCCAUGGGUUCUAGACCUCCAGGGUUCAGAGGAAAGAGAGAUCCUGAGAGUUCCCUGCACAGGUGAGCAAAGAUUAAACCAACUCAGAAUCUCAGGUGAUGCAAUGGUAUGUGAGAAAGAGGAGCAGAAUUCUCAGCAGGAAAAUGUUGAGCAAGUGCCUAAAAACAGAGAAUUAUCACAAAGAUCGAAAAGGAAUGUGUCCAGGAGUCAUGAGCAGGGAAAUUCCUGUGAGAUUCAGCACAGAACAGACAGAGAGCAAGGAAGCCAGCCAGGAGAGAAAAUGGGUAAAUUUAUUUCCUGCCGGGUAACUCAGAAGAGCAUCAAGGAAACCACAACAAAGCAGGAAAUCGUCAUGGGAAAGAGGAAAAAUACGUGCACUGAGUGUGGAAAAACCUUCACUUGCAGCUCAGCGCUUUCUAAACAUCAGAGAAUCCACACAGGGGAGACGCCCUAUGAAUGCAGUGAGUGUGGGAAAUGCUUCACUCACAGCUUUCACCUUACUAGGCAUCAGAGAAUCCACACAGGGGAGAAGCCCUAUGAAUGCCGUGAGUGUCAGAAAAGCUUCACUAGCAGCUCAAACCUUUCUCAACAUCAGAGAAUCCACACAGGGGAGAGGCCCUUUGAAUGCCAUGAGUGUGGGAAAAGCUUCACUCACAACUCUCACCUUACUCGGCAUCAGAGAAUCCACACAGGAGAGAGGCCCUAUGUAUGCAGUGAGUGUGGGAAAACCUUCACUCUCAGCUCAUACCUUCUUACCCAUCUCAGAAUCCACACAGGGGAGAGGCCCUAUGUAUGCAGUGAGUGUGGGAAAACCUUCAGUCACAGCUCAAACCUUCUUACCCAUCUCAGAAUCCACACAGGGGAGAGGCCCUAUGUAUGCAGUGCUUGUGGGAAAAAAUUCCUUCACCGCCAGCAGCUUAUUAGCCAUUGGAGAAUCCACACAGGUAUGAGACCCAAUGAAAACAGUGAGUGUGGGAAAACCUUGUCUUGCCACUGAGCCCAUGUGAGCCAUCAGAGAAUCUGCAAGGGGGAUCAACACCAU